GGCUCCGUCAUCGUAAGCCACGACCUGUACCUCAUGUGGCGGCCCCGCCGCCUUUCCGAGGUCACCCCCGACAGCCUGGGUAUUCUGGAGCUGCUCAAACCCGCACCCGAGGUGCUGGUGCUGGGCACGGGAGCGCAGGCGGAGCCGCUGCCUCCGGCACUGCGCGACUACCUAGGCCGCAUCGGCGUGCGACUGGAGCUGCUGGACAGCCGCAACGCCACGGGGUACUUCAAUGUGCUUAACGAUGAGGGACGGGCUGUGGUGGGGGCGCUGCUG